AUGACAGGGUUCAGCAGCAGCAGCGUUAAGUGGAACGAAAAGCAAAGCACGAGCAAGGACAAUGCCGUCCAGAUCUUGGGAGGCGCAGGCYCUGCUACAGGCCACCCUUACGGUACACCUCUCGCUGGACAGGGAUUUGCCAAUAACGCCUCUCUUCUUAUUAGCAGAUUCUCGGGGGUCGAAGACAAGGACAAAAGCAAGGAUCAUGCAUCACAGACAACUCCCGCCAUUGAUACACCUUGGGCCGCGAGUAAGAGCGAAAGCUUGGAUCGUGAACACUCUCGGUUGGUCACAGGCAACCCCUGCGGAGCCGCUGGCAUGGAGGCUCCACAGGCCGCCGGAAAACGCAAGCAUUCAGGAAGCACUGAGACGGCGGAUGUCGUCCGUUCGAACCAGUCGAACGGGCAGAAGAAGGCAAUGCGCUACAAUCCAACACCGGAGAGUCUGGCCAUCGGUCGUUGUAUAUCCGACUUCCACGCUGUCAAAGCCCAUCUGAACUCCGCCAGCACCAGCAUUGACAACCACAUCGAGACGCUCGAGAUGAUGCGCAAAGUGGCCCGCUCAGGCACACAUGAUGAGCUCAAUGCUUUGUACGAUGCGUACCUCCCAUACCGUCACUCCAUGCCCGAGCUUUCUUCUCAUGCCACAUCAGCCGCGGAGAUUUCGGAGAGCAUGACCGAAUUCUAG